AUGGUUCCACCCGUGCAAUCACGCACGAUCGAGGUUGAAGAAAACAAGCGGUACGUGUUGCAAAACAGGAUCGACGUCUAUCAGAGCACACUGACCGAAUGCAUAGUACGGAUAAAGAACCUGACUAAACGUGUGGAGAUCAUGGAGAACGGAGGUCUCUCCUACAAUGAGCUGGAUUUUGAACCCAUCAAGUUGGAGAUCAAAGAGAUGGAGACCCUCAUACUGCAGCUAAAAGCAUUAUUUGAUGGCUCCAGUGCCAUAAUAGAUAUUCUCUACCAGCAGAUCCGUAACAUUUCCAGCAUGGUGGAACAGUUGGAGAUCUAUGAUAAGAACAAUGUACUGGUGAUCAGACGGGAGAUUGAGGCUCUGAAGGAACGUCUGGAGGAGUGUGAGAAGAACAAUACAAAACCAAACCAGCCUUCCCUUCCUCCACCAGAUAACGGUACUGGUGGGCAUGGUGGAAUCAUCAGCAACAUCAGCAAACCAUUUGUGGUCCAAUUAAACUGGGCAGGAUCCAGCUUUGUGUAUGGAGGAUGGGGGAGAGAUUCAUUAGCUGGAGCUGAUCAGAGUAUCCAGUGGGUGGCUCCUCUAAAAGAUGAAAGGAUGAUGGAAACUCUGCGCUUCUACCCUUCAUAUAAUGAUCUCACAACCUAUAGACGUCCCGCACAGAGAAACCUUACAAGGAAGGUUUCCAGUAACAGGUAUGAUCAUUCUAAUUGUGGUCAAGGUGGUGGAAUGAUUAUGUACAACAACAUUAUCUACUAUAACUGCUACAACACCUUGAAGAUCUGCAAAUAUGACUGGAGAAACCAUGUGAUUACUGGGUUGGCUCUACCUGGUGCCGCAUACGCAUACGCAAACCGUUUUACCUACUUGCACGUUGCUUUUCAGGACAUUGACUUAGCAGGUGAUGAAGAGGGUCUUUGGGUUAUUUAUUCAACUGAGCAGAAUGCUGGAAAUAUGGUUAUCAGCAAACUCAAUGAUACAACUCUUGAAGUAUUACAGACCUGGCACACCUCCCAGUACAAACCUGCAGUCACCAAUGCUUUCAUGGUGUGUGGAGUCUUAUAUGCCACUCGAGCCAUCAGUGCAAAGCAAGAGGAGAUCUUCUACAUGUAUGAUACGAAAACUAAUGAAGAAGGGAAGUUGAAUGUCAUUUUUGAUAAGCUGAAGGAGAGAGUGCAAAGUCUGUCCUACAAUCCUAAUGAUCACAGGCUCUACAUGUACAAUGAUGCCUACCUGGUUCAUUAUGACCUUUCUUUCACAUCCUCAUCCAAACCCAAAUCCAAUAUUAUACAUUCCAGAAUUAACCCCAUAAAAAUGAAGUAG